AAAUUAUAUCGCAUUUGUCGGACCGUCCCUCGCCACCGCCGCCGCUGCCAUGAUGCGUCCCAUCCUCGCUGCACUGAUGCUAAAGAAGGCUGCAAGAAGUCACAUAGUGUGUCCGACGCUGGCCCGUCGGUUCCAUUACCAGAAGGGUACUGCCAAGGACAUGAUGCAAAAGUCGUGCUACUUCGGCGUGAACUUUGUGAUCCAGCAAGACGCGACUGUGUUUGACGCAAUCACGCGCAUGGCGGGGAUUAACUUGGGCUGUUUGGCUGUCUCGGACGAGAACAACAAGUUUGUCGGAGUUGUUAGCGAGCGCGACUACCUGAAGAAGGUCGAAUUGCAAGGAUUGACUGCCAAAACGACACUCGUGUCACAGAUCAUGACGCACAGAGCCCGACUUGUGGCGGCAAAGGAGCACGAAUCCCCUGAACAGCUCAUGACGAAAAUGCUCAACAGCGACGUGCGCCAUUUGCCGGUUUUGGAUGAAAACAACGACAUCAUCGGGAUGCUCUCGAUCAAGGACAUCGUCCGAGAAGUCAACCGAGAGCACCGCGCCGACUUGGACACGCUGGCCAGCUUUUCUUUGGGCAAGGGUGGCCAUUUCGUCCUGGAUUAGAUGACAUUUUUUCCAGUAAGUUGAAUCCAUCGUCUCGUAUUUCACAGA